CAAGAAACCACAGCCCAAAGCGGCGCUGGGCAGAAAAAAACCCCACGGGCAGCACCCGGAGCAACCCGGGCACACCCCGGGCAGCCACGAGCGUCCCCGUUCCCCCCUCCCCGGCAUGGACCCCGCGGUGCCCAAAGCCACGCUGAAGGUGCUGGGGCUGAGCGUGGGGCUGCUGGUGCUGGUGGCGGCGGUGACGGUCUCGGUGGCCGUGCUGCUGUGGCGUUCGGAGGCUCUGGGGAUGCUGCGGGGCUGCCGGGAGCGGGCUGCCAACGAGAGCCGGGUGCUGGAGCUGCGCCUGGCUGAGCUGGAGCAGGAGCGUGCCCGGCUGCAGCGCGCCGCGGCCGAGAGCGCACGGGCAGAGGAUGCGCGGCGCCGGGAGCUCACCCAAGCACGCCAGGAGGGCAAGAAGCUCAAUUCCAGCUUGGCGUCCUGCCGGGAGCGGGCGGCCAGGCUGGAGGCCAACGCCACGGCGCUGCGGGACGAGGCGCUGGCGCUGCGGCGCGAGCGGGCUGAGCUGGCCCGCAGGAACGCGGCUCUGCAAGAGGAGCUGGCGCAGGGCACGGAGGAGGCGAAGGAGCUGCGGCGGCGGCUGGAGGAGGCGGAGGAGCAGCGGCGAACGCUGCGGGCACGUGGGGAGAAGUGUGAGGCUCGGCAGAAAGAGCUCGAGAAAAACCUGAGGGACCACGCGGCCGAGGCGGAGGCGCAGCGACGGCGGAGAGUGGGGUCCCGCACGGCCAGGCGCAGGUGCCCCCCUUCCCGGAAAGGCUGAAGCCCCGCAGCAUCCUUCCUGCCCCCCCCACCCCCUUUUUACCAGCACACCGACCACGCUUGGGUACGGCACCGCCACCGCGCCGGCACCACCGUGGGCCCCCCCUGCACCCACCCGGGCUGAGCCGAAGCGGGGUGCUGGGGGUGCCGGGGCCGUGCCCAUCAUUCCCAGUCCCACAGCGCCCCUUAGCACUGGGACCCAGCAGCAGCUCAGCCCCGCUGUGCCGGGCAGCAUCAGAGCGGAGCCGUCGCAGCGAGACCCCCGGCACUGCCCUCGCCCACCUCCACGGGCACCCAGGGGCAGGGCUGGGGCUUUUUGGGGUGCUGGAAGCCUUUGGUGGCCACCACCUGCUUGUCGCAGCUGAUUUAUUGGACCAGGAUCGUGUCCCGAGGUUAUCCAAAAGGGUUUAUUAAUCAUUAACCGCAUUUAUCCGCGGAUUAAACGGACGUGGUGGUCAAGCACCUGCUGUGGUUAACCUGCGGUCAA